ACCACAACAACAACAACAACAGAGCACUUUCCCAUUGAGCUGCCUAGCUAUUUGUUCCUCUCUUACCUCGAUACGAUAUCCUGUCCCUUGGUUGAGUCUCAAUUGUUCUGUCAGCAUGGCCACUCGUAUCUCGCGAUCUGAGUUUGAGGGGUUCGUACACCCCCUUAUCAAGGACAUCCUCGAAGCGACUGAACAGUACAACUUGCCAGAGAAUGCUCGAAAAUGGUUUUCUGAUUCCCUCAAUGCCAAUAUUGUCGGCGGUAAAAUGAAUCGCGGCAUGUCAGUGCCCGACACUGGCAGCAUCUUACUCGGUCGACCUCUAACCGACGAAGAAAAGAAACAUCUGUCUUUACUCGGAUGGUUUACAGAGCUUCUCCAAGCGUUUUUUCUUGUCAGCGACGAUAUCAUGGACGGCUCAAUCACUCGCCGAGGACAACCGUGCUGGUACCGAAGGGAAGGAGUUGGUAUGAUUGCUAUCAACGAUGCAUUCAUGUUGGAGAGUGCUAUCUAUGUCAUUCUCAAGAAAUACUUCCGAUCACACCCUGCCUACACCGACCUGCUUGAACUUUUCCACGAAACUACCUGGCAGACCGAGCUCGGACAAUUGUGCGACUUGAUUACCGCUCCCGAAGACCACGUUGACUUGAACAACUUCUCCAUGGAGAAAUACACUUUCAUCGUCAAGUACAAGACUGCAUACUACAGUUUCUACCUCCCCGUCACCCUUGCUCUCCACUACCUACAGGUUGCUACGCCCAAGAACUUGAAGCAGUGUGAGGACAUUUUGAUUCCGUUGGGUGAAUACUUCCAGAUCCAGGACGACUACCUGGACGCCUUCGGAUCACCAGAGACAAUUGGAAAGAUCGGAACCGACAUCCAAGACAACAAAUGCUCGUGGCUCGUCAACCGGGCUUUGACCAUAGUCACCCCCGAACAGCGCAAGCUUCUCGACGAGGCCUAUGGUCGCAAGGACAGUGCUCUAGAGGCCAAGGUCAAGGCUCUUUAUAACGACAUCAAGCUCGAACAACACUAUUUGAAGUUUGAGGAGCAGCGCGUUGGCCAACUGCGUCAACAAAUUGAAGCUGUUGACGAGUCGGAAGGUCUGAAGAAAGAGGUUUUCUCGGCUUUUUUGGAGAAGAUCUACAAGCGCAGCAAAUAAAUGCAUCUCUCCCAUCCUUUUCUCGAGACACGAGUUUGAUGGGACUUGAUGGGUUUCUGAGGUCCUUUUUUUUCACUUUCUUACGCAUCUUCUAUUUUCUUUUACAUAUUUUCAUAUGCCUCCUCUAUCAAGUCACCGCAUCCCUGCCUAGCCGCUGAGCCAUAAUAUGCUAUGCAUGAAACAAAUGUCCAUCGAUAGAACAUAGAAUAGGUUUCACGAUACAAAUUCAAUUCAUCGGUAAGAAGUCUAGAAUGACCAUAUAGAUAAAACUUCUUACAUUAAAAGGGCCAAAUCAACCAGUCAAAACAACAAUUUUUCCUUCCGCUGCAUUAUCAUCCAUACACUGAUGCGCCUCAGCAAUCUGAUCAAUGUGAAACACCUUUCCAACUUUGAUCUUGAACGUCCCGUCUUCCACCUGCUGAACAAUAUCAUUCAGGGGUGUAUCCAUGAACUCCUCAAUCCAGCCACCAAAGGUAGUUAGAAAACGAUACUUGGGAAUAAAUUCCUGCGGCUGAAAGUUCUCAAUAUUCCACGAAUUACCAACAAUACCCACAAGGCUGACAACGCCACCUUUGGCUGUAGCGUUAAGGGAGUCUUUCAAAGUCACAACGCCGACUAGUUCCAGUACCUUGUCGAAUUUUUGGCCCUCAUCUUUGAUCUGCUCGGCGAUAGCCCCAUCGUCGACGAAGAAUUCAUCAGCACCGUACUCGCGGAGCAUUGACUCUCGCUCCGGUCGUCGACUCGUUGAGGUGACAUGUGCACCUAGUCCCUUUGCAAUCGCCAACGCAGCAAGGCCAACCGAUGUUGUACCACCUCUGAUAAGCAAACGAUCACCCUUUUUGACAUUCAAGGAUUUUGUAAUGGCGCCGUAAGCAGUGUUUAACAUCUCAGGCAUAGCGCCCAAAACAUCCCAGCCGAGUUUCGUGGGUACAGUGAUGGCCUGUACUUGAUUCGUGGGUACGACGGUAUACUGAGCAUAUCCACCAUCGAAUUGACGACCCAUACCACCCAUAGCUGUCAUUACGAUCUGACCUUUCUCAAACUCACCGCCCGGAGCAUGCUCAACGAUUCCUGUGGCUUCGAUACCUAGGGUUCGCGGGAAGUCGACUCCAGGCGAAUGACCCUGACGAGUAAACAUUUCUGAGCGAUUGAGACCGAAGGCUUUGACGCGGAUCAGAACUUGGCCUGGUUUAGCUGUGGGUAUGGGUCGUUGCUCGACUUUGAGGACUUCAGGCCCGCCCUUGGUGUGGAUGACGACUGCUUUCAUUGUGUUGUUUGCUGCCAUUAUCGUUCUGCUAGAUGAGUGGAAAUGGGUUGUGUAUAUGUUGUUGGUACUGAGAGUGCUAGCAAGGAUGAUGCCACACCAGAAUAUGGAUCGGAAUGGGUUUCGAUGUAAUGUCAAUCUGAUAUUGGUUGGAGUAAGGGCAAUUGACAUCUCCUUGUCCUGAAGGUUGUCUGAAGGACUCUAACAUCCUCCAGUCCCCUCGGGAGAUUCGACUUCUUAAAUACUGCAUUGCUACACAGAAAAAAGAGCUCAAUUGAUGCAAACCAACAUCCCUGCAUAUCGGAUGUUUGUCCUC